AUGAGAAGAGGAAACAUUUCUCCAGCCUUCUGGUUCCUGUGGCUGCUUCUCUUUGGACUUCUGGGACCCAGCUCUGAGAAUACCACAGACUUCACAAAAGGCUCUGACACCACCACAGCCUCCAUCACAGGCUCUGAGACCAGCACGGCCUCCACCAUGGCCUCUACUAUGGCCUUAACUGCAGGCUCUAAGAUCACCACAGACUCUACCACAGGCUCUGAGACCAACACGACCUCCACCACAGACUCAGGGACUACUAUAGCCUCCACUAGGACCUUCACCACAGGCUCUGACACAACCACAGCCUCCACUGCAGGCUCUGAAACUAUUGUGGCCUCCACCGCAGUCUCUGAGACCACAACAUCCUCUACUAUAGCCUCUACUACAGUCCCUGAGACUACCAUGGCCUCCAGCACAACCUCCACUGCAGGCUCUGAGACAACGAUGGCCUCCACCAUAACUUCUGAAACCACCAUGGCCUCCACCACAAGUUAUCAGACCGCCACAGUCUCUACCACAGGCUCUGAGACCACCACCACCCCCACUGCAGGCUCUGGGGCCACUAAAGUCUCUACCACAGGCUCUGAAACCACCACAGCAUCUACUGCAGGUUCUGAGACCACCUCCUCCACCUCCACGGCAGGCUCUGAGGCCACCACAACCUCAACUGCAGACUCCAAGGUGAUCACAGCAUCCAGCAUGAGCUCUGAGACCACUAUGGCCUCCACUGUAGGCUCUAACACCACCACAGCCUCUACCACAGGCUCUGAGACCACUACAGUCCCUAUUAAAGCCUCUGAGACCACUACAGCCUCUACAGCAGGUUCUGAGACCACCACCUCCACCCCUACAGGCUCUCAGACCACCAUAGUCUCUAUUUCAGGUUCUGAGAUCACCACCGCCUCCACAGCAGGAUCUGAGACUACCACAGUCUCUAGUGCAGGCUCUGAGACAACCACCAUCUUCACUGCAGGCUCUGAGACCACUACAGUCUCUACCACAGGCUCUGAGACCACCACAGUCUCCACCAUGGGCUCUGAGACCACCGUAACCUCUACUGCAGGCUCUGAGACCACCACAGUCUCAACUUCAGGCUCUGGAACCACCACAGCCUCUACUGCAGAUUCUGAGACCACUGCAGCCUCUACUACAGGCUCUGAGACCACCAUGGCAUCCACCAUGAGUUCUGAGACCACUGCAGCCUCUACCACAGGCUCUGAGACCACCAUGAUCUCCAAUGCAAGCUCUGAGAUGACCACAGUCUUCACUGUAGGCUCAGAGACCAUCACAGCGUCUACCAUGGGUUCUGAGACAACCAUGGCAUCCACCAUAAACUUUGAGACCACUGUAGUCUCUACCAUAGGCUCUGAGACCACCACAGCCUCUACUGCAGACUCUGAGACCACAACAGCCUCUACUGCACAUUCUGAGACCACUGCAGCCUCCACCAUGGGCUCUGAGACCACCACAGUCUCAGCUGCAGGCUCUGAGACCACAGUCUCCAUUGCAGGUUCUGAGACCACUGCAGCCUCUACUAAAGAUUCUGAAACCAACAUAGCAUCUACUGAAGAUUCUGAGAGUACCUCAGCCUCUACUACAGGGUUUGAGACAACCACAGCCUCUACUACAGGCUCUGAGGCCACUAUGACAUCCACCAUGGGCUCUGAGACCACUAUGACCUCUAUCAUAGGCCCUGAGACCACCAAGGUUUCCACUGCAAGCUCUGAGAUGAUCACAGUCUCUGCUGAAGGCUCUCAGACCACCACAGCCUCUACCACAGGCUCUGGGACCACUACAGACUUUAAUACCAGCCCUGAGACCACCACAGCCUCCACCAUGGGCUCUGAGACCACCACAGAUUCUACCACAGGCUCUGAGACCACCACAGCCUCCACUGAAGGCUCUGAGACCACUACAGUCUCUGCCACAGGCUCUGAGACCACCACAGUCUCUACCACAGGCUCUGAGACCACUACAGUUUCAUCCACAGGCUUGGAGACCACCAUCACUACCAUUGAAGGCUCUGAGAUGACUAUAGUCUCCACCACAGGCGCUGAGACCACCACAGCCUCUACUGAAGGCUCUGAGACUACUACAGUAUCUGCCACAGGCUCUGAGACCACCACAGUCUCUACUGAAGGCUCUGAGACCACUACACUCUCCACCACAGGCUCUGAGACCACUAAAGUUUCUAUCACUGGCUCAGAGACCACUACCACUUCUACUGAAAGCUCUGAGAUGACUACAGUCUCCAUCACAGGCUCUGAGACCACUAAAGUUUCUAUCACUGGCUCAGAGAACACUACCACUUCUACUGAAGGCUCUGAGAUAACUACAGUCUCCAUCACAGGCUCCGAGACCACCACAGCCUCUACUGAAGGCUCUGAGACCACCUCAACCUCUACUACAGGCUCUGAGACCACCACAUCCUCUACUACAAGCUCUGAGACCACUAUGGCAUCCACCAUGAGCUCUGAGACCAUUAUGGCCUCUACCAUAGGCUCUGAGACCACCAAGGUCUCCACUGCAAGCUCUAAAAUGACCACAGUCUUCACCGAAAACUCUGAGACCACCAUAGCCUCUACCACAGGCUCUGAGACCACCACAGUCUCCACUCCAGGCUUUGAGACAAUCCCAGCCUCUACAGCAGGCUCUGAGACCACCAUCACCUCCACUGAAGGCUCUGAUGCCACUACAGUCUCUACCACAGGCUCUGAGACCACCACAGCCUCUACUGAAGGCUCUGAGACCACUACACUCACUACCACAGGCUCUGAGACCCCAACAAUCUAUAACACAGGUUCUGAGACCACCACAGCCUCUACUGCAGGCUCUGAGAUAACCGCCACCUCUACUGAAGGCUCUGAGACCACCACAGCCUCUACUGAAGGUUCUGAGACCACUACAGUUUCUACCACAGGCUCUGAGACCACCACAGUCUCUGCUGAAGGCUCUGAGACCACCACAGUCUCUGCUGAAGGCUCUGAGACCACUACAGUCACUACUAUGGGCUCUGAGACCACCACGGCCUCUACUGCAGGCUCUGAGACCACCACAGAUUCUACCACAGGCUCUGAGACCACCACAGCCUCUACUGAAGGCUCUGAGACCACUACAGUCUUCACCAUGGGCUCAGAGACCACCACAGGCUCUACCACAGUCUCUGAGACCACCAUGGCCUCUACUGAAGGCUCUGAGAUCACUACAGUCUCCACCACAGGCUUGGAGACCACCAUGGUCUCUACCACAGGCUCUGAGACUACCAUCACCCCUACUGAGGGUUCUGAGACCACUACAGUCACUACUGCAGGCUCUGAGUCCACAACAGUCUAUACCACAGGCUCUGAGACUACCACCACCUCUACUGAAGGCUCUGAGACUACCACAGUCUCUACCAUGGGCUCCGAGACCACCACAGCCUCUCCCGCAGGUUUGGAGACCACCACAGUCUCCACCACAGGCUCUGGGACCACCACAGCCUCUACUGCAGGCUCUGAGACCACAACAGUCUAUACCACAGGCUCUGAGACUACCACCACCUCUACUGAAGGCUCUGAGACCACUACAGUUUCUACCACAGGCUCUGAGACCACCACGACCUCUACCACAGGCUCUGUGAUGACUACAAUAUCUACCACAGUCUCUGAGACCACCAUGGUCUCUACCAUAGGCUCUGAGACCACCACAUCCUCUACUGCAGGCUCUGAUACCACCACCACCUCUACUGAAGGCUCUGAGACCACCAUGGCCUCCACAGCAGGCUCUGAGAUCAGCACAGCCUGUACCACAGGUUCUGAGACCUCCACAUCCUCCAGUGCAGGCUCUGAGACCAACACUGCCUUCAUCAUAGGCUCUGAGACCACCAUAGCUUCCACUGCAAGCUUUGAGCCCACUGCAACUUCCCUCACAGGCUCUGAGACCACCACAGUCUCUAUCACAGCUUCUGGGGCCACUGCAGCCUCCAUCACUGUCUCUGCCACCACUUUUGUACCCACCAAGGCCACUGACGUGUCUAUUCAGCCCAUCACCAACACAGCUAUGUCAGGCACCAAGACCACUGGAACCAGACCCACCGCCUCCAGCUCUGUCACCAUGACCUCUGGAAUGGACUCCACAGCCUCUGCUGCCAGCCAUAUUGUGCCAGGAAUAGUCCCAAACACCUCUGGCCUGGAUACAUCUACUAGGGGAGCAUCAUCUACCACCUCAGCCCCUGGUGUCAGGACCACCACAGGAUCCACCCAUGAGCCAACUAGCAGCACCUCCCAGGAAACAGGCCCAGUAUCCACAGGCACGAACACAGUUAGCAUGAGCCACAUGCCCACAAACGUGAUCAAACCAAGUGGAUAUUUACAGCCCUGGGCUAUCAUCCUCAUUUCCCUGGCUGCAGUCGUGGCUGGUGUUGGAUUGUCAGUAGGACUGAGUUUUUGUCUGAGAGACCUUUUCUUCCCCCUGAGGAAUUGUGUUUAUUACCCCCAUGGCCACAGCCAUGGCCUUGGUCUGGACCUGGACUUGGGCCUGGGCUCUGGGACAUUCCACAGCCUGGGAAAUGCUCUGGUUCAUGGAGGAGAACUUGAAAUGGGACAUGGAGGAACAUGUGGCUUUGGACACGGAGUGGGCCAUGGACUGAGCCACAUCCAUGGAGAUGGCUACGGAGUGAAUCAUGGCGGGCGUUAUGGACAUGGAGGAGGCCACGGAGGAGACCAUGGAGUGGAUCACAGAGGAAGCCACCAAGAAGGCCAUGGCAGGACAAGAUGGCUGUGGCCAUAG